CUGAGACGAAAGUCUGGGUACCAACGGUCUGCACGUUGUAUAUCCUGGGGUAAUACACAGUACUCAACCUCGUACAACCGGCUUAUGCACUAGCUAUCCGGGGGUAACACGCUGUACUCAGACUUUUGCGCUCCCUAUGCUUUUGAUCCGCCACUGACACCAAUCAGGCAUGCUCGUCGCUUGCUAUGCAAUUAAUCUCUUAACGACAAUGUCGAUCAGCGCAAUUGCCACAAAUGGUACCGUUCGUGGCGGAGGUGCCUACUACCUAAUCUCUCGAUCAUUGGGGCCCGAGUUCGGCGGUUCGAUAGGUAUCGUUUUCUACCUAGGUCUUGUUUUCAACACCAGUAUGAAUGCCGUUGGUCUUAUAGACUGCUUUAUAGAAAACUUCGGUGUCGAGUCUGGCAGCUGGUCCCCGAUUAUGCUGGAAGGCUUCAAGUGGCAGUUUCUGUGGGCGACCAUAGUUUUGUUGGUCUGCACUUUGGUUUGCCUCGCAGGAUCCGGCCUUUUUGCGCGAUGUAGCAACGGCUUGCUAUUCCUCCUGGUCGUCUCGAUCGUCAGCAUCCCACUUUCAGCGCUGGUUCUUCAUCCUUUCUCCGAUGCUAGGGAGGGAAUCGAAUUCACAGGGCUGAGCUUGCAGACCCUUCGGGAGAAUCUUCUACCACACUUCACAAAAGGUGCUGAUGGUAGCCAGGACAAGCACCAUCGCGAGAACUGGAGUAAUCUGUUCGGAAUUUUGUUUCCUGCAUGUAGUGGAAUUUUUGCCGGCGCCAGUAUGUCUGGUGACUUGAAACACCCAUCGAAGGCUAUACCUAAGGGCACGUUAUAUGGUCUAGGUUUGACAUUUGUGUUCUACACUGUGGUGAUUUUGGCUAUGGCUGCGAGUAUCACGCGUGAAUCAUUCAUCUACAACACAAAUGUCAUACAGCUGACCAACAUCUCUGGCGUCGUCAUUCUUCUGGGAGAGUUCGCAACUUCCUCGUUUUCCGUUCUUAUGGGUGUCAUUGGCUCAGCAAAAUUGCUACAAGCACUUGCUCGAGACCACUUACUGCCUGGGCUUUCGAUCUUCGGCCAAGGCACAGCAAAGUCCGAUGACCCGACCUACGCUAUCAUGAUCACGUACCUGUUGGCGCAGCUCACAAUGCUGUCAGACAUCAACCAGAUUGCCUCUUUUGUAACUAUGACUUACCUAAUGACCUUUCUGGUCACGAAUCUAGCAACAUUCGCGUUGAAGAUUGGGAGCGCGCCAAACUUUCGCCCAUCCUUCCACUUCUUCAAUUGGCAAACAGCAGCGACCGGCGCGAUCGUCUCCGGUGCUACCAUGUUCUUCGUGGAUGGAGUCUACGCUUCCGGGUGUGUCGCUUUGUUGAUAGUCGUCUUCUUGCUCAUCCACUAUACAACUCCACCCAAACCAUGGGGUGAUGUCAGUCAAAGUUUGAUCUAUCAUCAGGUACGAAAAUACCUACUGCGUCUGCGCCAGGAGCAUGUAAAGUUCUGGAGGCCUCAGAUUCUGUUACUGGUCAAUGAUCCGAGGCGGCAGUACAAGCUCAUCCAGUUUUGCAACUCAUUGAAGAAAGGAGGACUCUUCGUGCUGGGCCAUGUCAUUAUCUCACAAGACUUUGGUGCAGCUGUGCCAGAGGCCCGCCAACAGCAACAAUCCUGGACCAAGUAUAUCGACUUUUCCAAGAUCAAAGCAUUCGUUAACAUAACAAUCUCGCCCAUGGUCGAGUGGGGCGCAAGAAAUCUUGUCCUCAGUGCUGGCCUCGGUGGCAUGAGACCUAAUGUCGUUGUGAUGGGUUUCUACAACCUGGGUGAACUCCGUCAGUCCAAGCCACUUAUCGAUAUACCUUCGCCGCAGCCGUCUAGGCCUGUAAGCAAGGCCACGAAUCAUCCACUUUCUCGCCAAGCCAUCCAAGCACUUGCAAGGCGCAAACAAACUCCGGAUAAGUUGUCUGGAAUAUUGCCAACCGAUGCAAUGAAACCCGAGAACGCCAUCGGGAUUCAAAGCUAUGUAACGGUCGUGGAGGAUCUUGUCCUCCGUCUUCAAAUCAACGUCGCGCUUGCAAAAGGCUUCCACGAGUUGGAGGUGCCUAAUCCUAAGCCUACGAAGAGCCAACAGCUGUUGAGUACACUCAGACUUGCUGAUCUCGAGGAAGAUGAUCCGACCAAAAAGUAUAUCGAUCUAUGGCCCAUUCAGAUGUCCGCGGAGAUUACUACUGCAGGUGAAGACCUAUCUAGAAAGAAUGUUCUCACAACGAACUUCGACACGUAUACUCUCAUUCUUCAGCUCGGAUGUAUAUUACACACGGUGCCGUCGUGGAAGCGGACCUACAAACUCCGCGUCGCUGUGUUUGUCGAGUAUGAGACCGACGUUGAGGAAGAACGUGUGCGAGUCACUACCCUGCUAAGGAAUCUAAGGAUCGAGGCGGAAGUACUUGUGUUCUGGCUGGCAAGUGGAAGCCUCAAGAUGUACGAGAUCAUCGUGAAUGGAAAGAACGGGAGCGACUUCAAUGAAGCCGCGCAAGAUGUCAAUGAUACCCUGGAUGAUGAAGAGUGGUGGGCAGACAUUCAGAGACUCCGAAGCCCACAGGACAUCACCGCCAGCCAAGAACUUAUUCAGGCAAGCGACUUGCUGGAAGCAGUCGUGAAUUGGCCGACUUCAUCUUUCCAACACGGGAGGAGAGAGUCUAAACCGAAGCGGUUCGCAGAGCUGAAAAGGUUGCUACGCCGCACAAAGCGCAAAACGUCUGUGGGCGACCUUGAGAGGUCUGGCGCUACGAUCGGUAUGCACGCGCAGCGUUUACCCGCGGGGCUACUUCCGGACAGCGAUAGUGAGGCAUCAAGCUCCUCCGACGGGGCAUUCGACGACUAUCAGGAAGAAGCUGUCGAUACCGGAAGUUCUGUUGGGAUGGAAAAUAGUCUCGACGAAUACGACUUGGAUGCCUCUGACAGUGAUGACGAGGGUCGACCCUUAGGUUUGCUACAACGAGCGCAGACCACGACUGCCACCAAAAGCCUUCCAUUCAUUACCACCAAAUUUGGUAUACGAAAAGCUCUCUGGAAGGCACCGUCGCAGGAGGAGCGACCCACCGCAGAUUCAGUGACACCGCUAAAGCCGCAUCCCGAUGCCACAACUUCGGAUACCGCACUCCUGACGACCGGCAAGGUUGACGAAAGCUUAUUCAAUGGGCAUGCAACUUUUCGAGAGACCCAACCUGUGCCUGUGCGACCACCACCCAUCCGCCACCAGUCUCUGCCGAAGUUUACGUCCAAUCCGACACCACGCACAGCAGUCGCACCCGAAGAAACGGCCGGACCCUCCAUCAUGUUUGUCGACACGCCUUCGCCCUCAGCCGCCCGAAAAAAAGACCCAAUCGCAUCCGCCGUAGCCUCGACGCACCUCUCCUCUCCUUCGUCGUCAACUGCACCACUACCACCCGCAGCCUCACAAGCCUCAGGUUACCCGCUGCACCAGUCCAUACCACUCUCCUUUAAUGACCUUCCGUGCCGCGCCCAGCAUCUCAUUCUCAACGAGCUCAUCCGGCAACACUCAAAUGACACAGCCGUGGUAUUCACAACAUUACCAAGUCCGGUGGAGGGCACGAGCGCGAGCGAGGCGGAGAGCGUCAAGUAUAUCAGUGAUUUGGAGGUAUUGUGCCAGGGGUUGCCGCCGUGCUUGCUGGUGCAUAGCAAUAGCAUGACUGUGACGAUGAACUUGUAGGGGAAGGAAAGGGGCGAGAGAGCGAGGGAAGCAUUUCGUGGUCAGAGUAGAUGCAUUUGCAUGGCGUUGA